AUGUGGCUCCCUCACUCCGAAUCAGAUGCACCGCGCGACUUGCCCGCUCUAUGCGACCCUCUGCCGGACCCGCCAGGAGUCUCUGGCAUCGCGGAUCGAAGGCCGAGGAGAAGGGAGCGAGAAGAGCGAAACGACGUCUCCUCUUGGGCGCUUCAGCUGGGACUUUCGAAGUCGGUCGCCGACGCCGCCUGCGACUAUCUGGCCGGGUGGCUGUCGCAGCGCGUUCAGAGGGGCGGUGCCAGGCGGGGGGCGGUAGUUGCGGCCUCGUUCUAUGCCUGCAAGGCCGGUGGUAUGCCGAUGACGUCCUCGGAGCUCGCGCGGGCGACGGGGGUGCCGUCGAGAUCGAUAAAAGCGGCCUGCAAGCGGAUGGCGAGUUUCGUAGAGGGACGCCGUGCGGGGGGCUACAGGGGGCGACCCGUCCGGCUGGGAGACAUCCUGCCCCGCUGCUGCGAGCGGAUCAUGGUAGGGCGGGACGUCGCCGCGACGAAGAGUCUCCUCUUGGAAUGCAUACAGCUGUGCGCCGACUUGAACGGGGUCGUAGCACUGCAAGGGAGGACGCCAGCGUCGCUCGCUGUAGCAGCGAUCUGGAGCGUAGCCAAGAGGAGAGGCUUGAGCCUGAGCAAGAAGCAGAUCAGUCUGGGCUGCGAGGUCUCUGUCGCUACUCUAGACAGGUGUUUGGUCAUCUUGGAGGGUGCGGCCGGGGGCACCCCCCAGUGGAUCUGCCUGACCUUCGGGUUGUCCGACGGACACUUUGUCGUAGAGUCUGGUCCGUCCACCUACAAGUGGCUCGACACGGUCCGCGUCGAGACAUUCCGACGAGACAUGGCCAGGAACAAGCGGUCGAGCAGGAUGGCGCCUCUUCUCCUCAAGCCUUCGGCCAAACGCAAGGCUACGACGACGGUGGUCGUGCACGAAGAGCCUUACAGCAUCAAAGGCUUCGAGUCGAGCAUGUACGACAUUCGGUGCUUCAUCUGUCUCGGCUGGGACCAGGGCGACGUGAGUAGGUUGGUCUGCAAUGCCCCGGUGCAGCGGUGCCAGUGUCGGACCUACCUAUGCACCUCGCACACACUCGAUCCUCGUUUCGAGAGCUAUUGUGUUACUUGCAAGAAGCCAGCCUCGACCGUGCCGGAUCCGACCGCCACGGCGCUACUAAAAAGCACCGCCCUCGUCGAGUGUACCAGCCCCCAGUGCCCGGAACUGGUCACGGUGAACGACAUGGAGUCGCACCUUCUGUCCCAGUGUCCCUUCAACCUGAUCCGGUGCGGCGAGCCCGGCUGCUCCGUCAGGUACGCCCAUAAGGACAAAGACGCUCACGCGCGAGCCUGCGAGUCCAUCAGCUGCAGAUUUGCGCUCGCUGCUCCGGACGGUACGCAGCUGGGGUGCUCCUGGAGAGGCAACAGGAGCGAGAGAUACUCCCACGCCUGCCCGAUCGGGACGCCCCAGCGCUUCGGUCUCAUCCGCGGCUGUUACGACUAUUUGAUGCGGGAGAUCAAGGCGAGGGACGACACGAUAGCUGCGCUGAAUGAUGCGUCAAACGACGACGAAGACAGCUGGAGAGGCGCGCUCAACCUGCUCGCUCUGUGCGGCCCUUCGCCGGACCCGCCGGGAGGCACUGGCAUCGCAGAUCGAAGGCCGAGGAGAAAGGAGCGAGAAGAGCGAAACGACGUCUCCUCGUGGGCGCUUCAGCUGGGACUUUCGAAGUCGGUCGCCGACGCCGCCUGCGACUAUCUGGCCGGGUGGCUGUCGCAGCACGUUCAGAGGGGCGGUGCCAGGCGGGAGGCGGUAGUUGCGGCCUCGUUCUAUGCCUGCAAGGCCGGUGGUAUGCCGAUGACGUCCUGCAAGCGGAUGGCGAGUUUCGUAGAGGGACGCCGUGCGGGGGGCUAUAGGGGGCGGCCCGCCCGGCCGGGAGACAUCCUGCCCCGCUGCUGCAAGCGGAUCAUGGUAGGGCAGGUCGCCGCGACGAAGAGUCUCCUCUUACAAUGCAGACAGCUGUGCGCCGACUUGAACGGGGUCGUGGCACUGCAAGGGAGGACGCCAGCGUCGCUCGCUGCAGCAGCAAUUUGGAGCGUAGCCAAGAGGAGAGGCUUGAGCCCGAGCAAGAAGCAAAUCAGUCUGGGCUGCGAGGUCUCCGUCGCUACUCUAGACAGGUGUUUGGUCAUCUUGGAGGGUGCGGCACAGAAAAGUGCCCAGACAUGGGAAAAUCCGAGACAAGAGUGGUAUGUGGUAAGAGUAUGA